CCCGGCCAGGGAGCGGGGUGGAGCGGAACCGGGCCUGGGUGAUGCUGGCGGUGCUGGCCGCCGCCUGGUCCCUGCUGGCUGCCGCAUUCCUAGCGGCGCUGCUGCUGCUCCGGUGGGCCCCGGCGCGACGGCUCGGUGCUGCCGGCCUGCUGAUCUCCGGCCUCUUCCAGGACCUCAUUCGCUACGGGAAGACGAAGCGCGGGUGCGGGCAGCUCCCGGGCUGGCUGCGGCUCCUGCAGGUGCCCAAGAGGUGGUUUACUCACUUUUAUGUGGUUUCUGUGCUCUGGAACGGUUUUCUGCUGAUCUGGCUUUUCCGAGCUGAGUUCAUUGGAGAGUCGCUCCCAUCAUGGAUUCAGCACAUGCACCAUGCUCUUGGCAGAGAUUCUCAGAGCAAGGACAUAGAUAGUGAGCAUGUGUCUGCACUCCUGGUUCUCUUGCUCCUUUGGCUACAUAGCUGUCGAAGACUUGCAGAAUGCCUCUGGACCAGCGUGUUUUCCAAUGGUGUUAUUCACAUUGUGCAAUAUUGCUUUGGRCUUGGUUACUACAUUGCUGUUGGCUCAACUGUGCUGUGUCAAGUGCCUGYUAAUGUCAGCAAUGGAAAAGAGCUUUCUGUGCAGAUCUGCUGGUAUCACAUUGUAGGAGUUACGAUGUACAUUUGGGCCUCUCUUCACCAGCACAGAUGUCUUGCAAUUUUAGCUAAUCUUAGAAAAAACAGCUCAGGAAAGGUUGUAAAUCUGAGCCACAAUGUACCUUUCGGAGACUGGUUUGAGAGCGUUUCUUGCCCUCACUAUUUUGCAGAGCUCCUCAUCUAUGUUUCUAUGGCCAUUGCACUUGGAAUUUACAAUGUGACGUGGUGGUGUGUAGUGAUGUAUGUUUUUUUUAACCAGGCACUGGCUGCUGUUUUGUGUCAUGAGUUCUAUCAGAAAAACUUUAGGUCCUAUCCAAAGCAUCGAAAAGCAUUUAUACCACUUGUUUUUUAGGGCUUUUUUUUCCCAAAGUAUCUUUGUGCAAACUGGGAAUGUAAGAGAUAAAUGGUUUAUUAAAACCAAGGAAAAGUCACACACUUUUCUCUAGUYCUACCUCAAAAGCCCAUAAUUUUAAUGAUAAUCUCAUCCAUGUAACCAAUUUAGGUGAGGAAAUGUAAGGUCUUUGCAUAUCAUACAAGCUAAAAAAGGUUUACUGAAGACCUUAAUUCUAAGUGAAGAGAUGCUAAUUGGGUCUUUUCUAUAUCUUGUGCAUAAAACACUUGUUGUGCAGCAAGUCCAAAUACAUAUAUGUGAAAACUSUUGAAAAGAGGGAAUCAUUUGAAGUACCUGUAUUUCAUGCCUUGACUAAUAUUUAAGCAUAUUUCUUUCUGAGUCUCUUUUCUCUGAAUCACUUCAGAGGGAGGCACAUCUUUCUGUGCUUUCCUGCUGACAAUUAAAACCAGCUUUACAACUGUAAGCACAAAAAGCAAUGGAGAAAGCUGCGGUGGAGGAAUGACUCAUGCUCAGCAGUGGAGAUAAACAGACCCAUUCGCUGCAUUAUCUCUUCUGCACCAAAGUGUUUUCAUUCAUUGAUGAAGAAUGCUUUAUCCCUAAACUGGGAAAACAGUGGAAGGUUCUCUGACUAAAAGGACAGUAGAAGAGAAUGUGCAGAAAAUUAACGUUCUUUGUUGUGUUUCUGUUGUCUUUAUAGUGGGUUAUUGGAGUCCCUCCUGUGUUAGAGGGGACAGCUGUGCAGGAUGACCAUGACCAUAACUACACUGUUUUUUAAACAGAUACAAUAAACUGCCAAGGCAGAGAACACACAGAAACCAGUACCUGAUAAGGACUGCAAAGAAGUUCUUUACUGGGGAGAUGAUGUCACUCAACACAGGGACCUUUUUUGCACUUAACUAUUGAAUAUUUUGGUCCUCUUAAUGAUCAGUUUAUGUGAUGAAGUAUAUGGAUGCUGGUGUUUCACCAUGUUGUCUACUUACAUGCACACAUUAUUUUGAAUAUAAGAAGUAUUUUUAUUCACUGAASUAUAUCUUAUGAAGUGUCUAAUUAAAAGUUUUU